UCAAUGAGAAAAAUGUCAAAAGUUAAUAACAAUAUGAGGAGGGAAAGGAGAAGAUGCAUGAGAAUGGCUGUAGACUGUGGGUCUGAUAGUGGAAAUAUCUCAUGGGUGGAAAUAUCUCAUGGUCUUCUGAUGCUGGAUUUUGUGAAGUAGAGAGGUUUGGGUUUGAACCUGGUCCAUAGUUUACUCUGGAUAAGUUUCAUAAGUAUGCCGAUGAUUUCAAGGUCCAAUACUUUAAGAGAAAGGAAAACAAUGUAGAUAUGAAAGGUAAAAUGACCAUUCUUCCAGAGCACCAUGGACCUUCAGUUGAGAAUAUUGAGGGUGAAUACUGGCGCAUUGUGGAGAAAGCAACCGAGGAAAUAGAGGUCUUAUAUGGGCUGAUCUGGAAACUGGGGUAUUUGGCAGUGGGUUUCCUAAUAAGUCCAGUCAAGUUGGAUUUGCAUCCAGUGAGAAGUACAUAAAAUCUGGCUGGAACGUGAAUAACUUCCCCAGGCUUCCUGGAUCUGUUCUCAACUAUGAAAGAAGUGAUAUUUCAGGGGUUCUGGUUCCCUGGUUGUAUGUAGGAAUGUGCUUUUCAUCCUUUUGUUGGAUCACCACCUAUACUCACUGAAUUAUAUGCGUUGGGGUGCUCCAAAAAUAUGGUAUGGUGUCCCUGGGAAGCAUGCUUCAAAACUGGAGAGGCUAUGAAAAGGCAUUUGCCUGACCUUUUUGGUGAACAACCUGACCUGCUUCACAAAUUGGUAAGCUAAAAGAUCUAUAAUACGGUGUUUAUAUUUGUAAUUAUUGCUAACGUUGACUUUAUAUAAUUGUUUUGGAGUGAGUCAAAACGGUACUAAGAAGCCAAAUGUAUCAUCAUGUUUUACUAAGCUGCCCCUCCCCCUGCAUAGGAAAAAAAAAGAUAGCAUUUUUACUUGGAUCAAUCCGUUUUCUUGUGGCUUGGUAAGGUCGAUUCUGAGCUGAAGUUGCCUUCUAACAUUCAAGGGUAUAUUGAUCAAUAUCAAUAUAUAGCAGAAAUAUGGAGAGAGCGAGAGUGCAGAUAUCCUGAUGGCAAAGAUAGUUUCUUGGAGGGGGUACUUGGUCUGCGUUCGUUGAUAAUCUUAGUAGGAGAGUGAGCAGAAGAACAUUAGGGGAACAUUUUAGUUAUCAUGGUAAAGUUAUUAGGGUGUUUAUUCCCUUUAUUAACAAUAGACCGAAAUACAAGGAUUGUACGUUUGCGUUCGUCCAUUUUGCAAGCAAGGAUCUGUGUAAUGCGGUGGAGAAGAUGAAUAACGUCAGGGUUGACGGGAGGAUAAUUUCUGUGUCAGUAGCUAAAUAUGAUAAGUUAUCCGAGUUGAAGAAUCGUGAAAGAGAGAGGAGGGCUCCAAAAGGGUAGAAACAGGAGAGUUGGAAGGCAGAAGGACUUCUCCAGCACAAGUGAAAGAGAAAAUGGAACGGAUGAGUAAGUUCCUUGAUGGAAGAACUUAUAGAGAUACGGUAGUUGGGGUGAAAAAAGUUCUAGAGAGUCAAGUAAGCAAUCAAAGGAAUACUAAGGAGGAGAAGAAAUCUUUGGAAGUCUUUAUCCCGGUGGAAGAGAGAUUAUGGUUGAAAUCAUCACUUACUGGCAUUUGCAAAGAUAUUUUCGAAGUAGAAUUCGUGCAGAAAGCCUUACGGAAUGAGGGCUUCAAGGUUAAGGUGAUAAGGUGGGGAUGUGCGAAGAAUGCGUGUCUGGUAGUGUUUCAGUCGGUUGAAGAGAGAAAAUUGCAAUGGAAGAACAAUGGGAAGCUCUGACGUUCUGGUUUGAAAUAUUGGAGCCGGUGGUGGAGGAGGGGGACAUCCCAUUAGCUUAUUGUGCAAUUUCAAUGAUUGGUGUCCCAUUAAAUUGUUGGUUUAUACCGUUCUUUUCUAACUUAGCAUCCAGAUGGGGAAAGUUAGUGAAAAUUCAAGAUCAACUGCCCAUAGAGUGGAUUGUAGAGUGGCGCAGUUGCUACUUAGGGUUGAGAGUCCAUUUGACAUUCCAGAACAGAUCAUCAUCAAUACGUAUGGGAGAAAGUUCAUGAUUAAAAUUAAAGUUGACGGUGCUGAGGAUUUUUUUCCCGAGUUAACUGACAUGGAGGCAGAAGAAGUUGCAGAGGAACCAUGGGAGGAUAGCUCUUCGGAUUGGAGCAAUGAAGAAUUGAAGAAUCGGCAUGAAGAGCAGGUGGGAUUAAAAGAGUUGUCAGAUCAGCAGAAUAGGGUUGAGGAAUGGGUUAGAAGUUCCCAUCAAGGCAAACACACAAAUACCAAGGGGGGUUUGAAUUUAAACAUAGGUAUGGAAAAUACGUUUGACUUGUGCAAAGAUGUGACAGAGGUAGGUGAUGUCUCCAUCGAGCAGGAAAAGUCAGAAGAAGUUAAUGAAGGGAGAGAAAAUGGGAAAAGUCUGGGUAGUGCUUCCAUUGAGCAUGAAAAAGUUGACUGCGAAAUCGGGCUUUAUAGGGGCCCGAAAAUACAUAUGAGGAGUGGGCUGGAUCAAGAGGAGGAGAGAUUAAGCAAGGAUUGUUGUAUUGAUACAUAUGAGGAGUGGUGCUUACUUCUUCAAACGAGGCUUCUGGUCAGAUUUUUGCAGAUUCUUCGAAAUCAAGAGAAAGAGAAAAUAUUAUCAGAAGUAGAAGGGACGAUAGAACUUAUAGGGAUGCUCUGAUGUCAAAUGGGAUUACAAGGGGGUACAAAGAACUAUUGUCUGAGGAUGUCCAAAGGAGGAAUGUCAAGAAAAACAUUAUGGAGAUGCAUAUUCCAUCAGAAAGUGCCAAUUGGGUGAAGAGGUCGUUAACAGGGAUUAUCAAAUACUCGUUUCAAGUUGAGUUCAUUCGGAAUGCCUUAUUUAAGGAAGGCUAUGAUGUUCAAAUUGCUAGAUGGGGUUAUGUUUGGAACUCUUGCGUUUUAGUUCUCAAUUCCCAUGAGGAGAUGCUGGAUUUAUGGAGCAAAAAGGAAGAGGUUUUAAAACAGUGGUUUGAACGAGUGGAACCUUUACUGAAUGAGGCCGGAGUUCCCAUGGCCUUCUGCAUGGCAGAAUUAAUAGGGGUUCCUUUGUUAUGCUGGAAUGAAUCUUUCUUCGAGAAAAUGGCUGGGAGAUGGGGCAAAGUGGUAGGUAUUCAUGAGAGUACAAGGAAAAGAGAAGACCUUACAAUGGCAAGAAUUUUAUUGAGGGUGGAAAGCCCCUUUGAUGUUCCAGAGGUGAUCACUCUUGGAUCUUAUGGAAGAUCAUUCAAAGUAAGUAUUAAGAUUGGAUCAGCAAGUGAGUAUUCAAGUUCGUUUUUCAGUAAUUUUCCGGUGGAGGAUUCCGAUGAGGCAUUUUCUGAAGAAAUUAGGUCUGAGGAGGAUGUAGACAGGUUGUUGUCAGAUCAUGGGGAAGGAGAGGCAUGUGCAGCAAGGAAAAAUCGUCUGUCAGUGGACAAUUGGAUUGAGCAGGGUGUGUUCAGUGGUUCUGGAGGAGUUAGUGAGAAUAGACAGCUAGCAAGGCUUCCCUUAGAUAGGAAAGGUAUUAAAUGUAGUCUGCCAGAAAGUCAAAAGGUUGGGAGUUUAAAAGUUGGUGAGUUUGCAGGUUUGGGGAUUAGAAGUCAACAUUAUUCGGCUGAUGGGUCUCAGGCCCAUUCUGAAGACUCUGGGCAGUCUGGGUCAAAAGAUUUUUCGGGUUUCAUUUCUGGGCCAGCAUAUAUAGUUAAUAAGUUUGGGGAUUUUGUGGAGAACCUUAAUUUAGAUGGAAAAAACAGGAAAACGUUUAAAGUAUUGGAGAAGAGCCCAAUUACAGAGAAGGUGGUUAAUGCAGAAAUAGAGGCUGAAGAAGAAAGUUUAAGGUUGGUUGAACCGGUUACAACUAAUUUAGGAAACAUCUCAAGGGGGAGACAGUUACACCGUUCUAGAAGAAAGGUCUCAUCUGAGAGUGAGGUGCUGGAAACUAGAAGUUUGAGCAGUUGCAAAAGGGUCUAUAGCAGGUCGAGGGAUAGAAGAUAUUGGUAUGGAGAUUUGUUGAACUUUACGAAUGAAAUAGGUGGCACCAAGGUUGGGCAGAGGAAGUUGGAUGUGGACUCCAGCACUGCAAAACAGAUUUGUUUUUCAACAGAGCUCAUUGCUGAUGGGAGUCUUCUUCCUAGCUUUGUUAAUGGUCUUGGGGAUGGGACCGUAGAGCGGGAGAUUGAAGGUUACUGUUCUGAAGGUGAAUGCUUAAGACCCAAAUCUGGUUUGUUAAUUAGAAGGAAGAGGAGAGCUAGAAGGAUCCUGUUUCGAGAAGCUCUUGACCAGGUGAGCAUUGAUACAACAUCCUCCUCAGCUUUCUCGAGUUUAUUGAAAGAAGCUGUAGAAACUUGGGAGGUUAGUAAGCUUUUGGGAGUAUCUUUUAAGGAAGGGAAAGAAGCAUUUUUGGAAAAAAUCAUAGCUCUAGAGAAAGGCUUGAUUGGGAUUAAUCAAGGUUUGGUUGAUUGAGGGUUUU